AGUGUGUGUGUGCUUUUGCUCUUUCUCUCUCAAUGAUAUCUGUUUUCUCUCUCUCUCAAAAGCUGUGCAUUUUUUCACUUCUCACUUUCAAAAUUUUUAUAUCCUUUUUCUUUUUCCUAUCUUUCUCUCUCACACUAGCUCAACCCCAUCAGAUACACUUCUCAGAUCCGAUUUGUUUAUUCUCCAAAAUCCGAUUUCUAGUCCCCGAAACAAUCCGAAUCGCUGGCAUUACACUCUGUUUUUUCUUAAAGGAACAAAAGUUGGAACUUGGAAAUUGCUAAAGUGAAGAGUAAUUGAGAACUAUUAUUCUUCUUUCUACCUAGAUAUGAUGGGUUAUCCUGCAAAAUGUCAAGGGUUUGGGUAGUGGCUUACUGUGUGUACCUUUCUAUCAAAAAAUUUAGUGGCAUUUACAUUCUGGGUUUCUUUUAAUCGGAAUUUCUGGAGGUAAAAAUGCUAGAAACGGAGCUUUAUCCUUCUAGGUUACUUUCCCCGUUUAGAGAGGAAAGUGGUGAUGAAGAGCUCUCUGUGCUUCCUAGACACACCAAAGUCAUUGUUACUGGAAACAACAGAACAAAAUCUGUACUGGUUGGUUUGCAAGGUGUGGUCAAAAAGGCGGUUGGUCUUGGAGGCUGGCAUUGGCUGGUUUUGAAAAAUGGUGUUGAAGUUAAGUUGCAAAGGAAUGCAUUGAGUGUGCUGGAACAUCCUACUGGGAAUGAAGUGGACGAGGAUAAUGACUUUGAUUCUAGCAGCGGCUCUGACAUGGGUGAAAAAGACCAUGAUUUCUCUAGUGGCGGUGAGUUCCACAAAAUAAGCAAGCAAAGAGUUCGGCCUAUGAGACCAUGCAUGCCAUCAGUAAAAUCAACAAGUCGUAGCAGUUACAGAGAUGUUCAGUCGAUUAUUCACCCACCCCAACUGAAGGUGAACUUGGCAAAACUAGGAACAGAAUCAUUACGAAGAUAUUGCAGGCGAUUCAACCUUGUGGGUAUCCAUUCGGAUGCAUCAAGGGAGCAAAUGCUUAAUGCCGUGCAGAAACAUUUUAUUUCACAGCCGCCGGUGGAUGAGGUGCGAGUGAUUGCAGAAUUUGCACAUGCAGCAAAAAAACUGAAACCAGCCGACAAACCAACAGAGUGAGAAUGCUGAAUACUGGAGGCUUUAUGUAAUUACGUAUGUAUAUGAAUGAACUCUAACGUCUAGAUUAGAUUGAUCAUAUAUUGAUAUGGGAGAAUAGUUACAUUGACGCGCGCACACAUUUCUCCUCAGUUCCUAACCAUGUAACAUUUAGUUGGGCUUAUUCAAGGUAUCCAUCCAUUAUUAGCUGGCUGGGAGUGCUCUCUCUAUAUAUAUAAGACUUAACGAAGUAAAAACAUGGUAAUUAAUUGCUGAAUUUCAGCAAUUUUUAAUCUUGGAACUUCUCUUUGCAA